AAACUUCGCGAGGGGGACAUCGAUCAUCUGCUGGCGCAACACAUUGCCCAUCUCUUCAUCCGCGACUCCGUGUCCCUGUUCAGCGAGAAAGUUCACCAGAACGACAAGGAAGAUACGGACCACUUCGAGAACAUUCAAUCGACCAACUGGCAAACGAUGCGCUUCAAGCCUCCGCCGCCAAAUUCGUCGAUCGGAUGGCGUGUCGAGUUCCGACCGUGCGAGGCUCAGCUUACCGAUUUCGAGAAUGCUGCCAUCGUAUGUUUUGUGGUCCUGCUGACCCGGGUAAUUCUCUCGUAUCAGCUAGAUUUCCUCAUUCCGAUCAGCAAAGUGGACGAAAACAUGCAAACAUCCCAGAAGCGUGGUGCUGUGCUGUCGGAAAAGUUUUGGUUCAAGAAGAACAUCAAUGGACAACGAUCGAGCAGCAACAGUGGCCAACAGAGCAGUGGUUUGAAUAAUCACGACAACAAAUCGCAAUCCGAACCCGGCGAAGAGGAGGAAUACGCCCUGAUGACCAUCGAUCAGAUCAUCAACGGAAAGGGAUGCUUCCCGGGGUUGGUCCCGCUGAUCAACAGCUACCUCGGAUCGAUGGAUGUCGAUGCGGAUACACACUGCACCAUCCAACAGUACCUUAAACUGAUCCAGAAGCGCGCCUCCGGGGAGCUUCUAACAACGGCCUCAUGGAUCAGGAAAGAAAUCACCGAACAUCCCGAGUACAAACAAGAUUCAGUGGUGAGCGAAGGCAUCUGUUACGAUCUGCUCAAGAAUGCGCGCGACAUUCAGGACGGCAUUCGACCCUGCCCGGAGCUGCUCGGCAAUAACAUCAACUCCAAAACGACCGAUAACAUUCCGCCGGCCAUCGAGAAGCACCUGACCAAGUGCGAAUAAAUGUGGUGGAGCCCAUCUUCAGUUGUGGUGACACUACUCUUAUGUUAGAUUUUUGUUGUUUGUUUUGGCGGGCAUCGAGUAACAUUGUACCGGCGCGUAUUGCGGGUUGUUGUUGAUCAACGGCACUUUAAAUCAUCGAUUGGAAUCAGUGGAAUUCCGACAGCAAGAUGUCUGUUAUGCAUUUGUAAAACAUGUAUUGAUGAAUCACUCAAAUCUAUGAUACAAAUCGUUAAUUUUUUUUCUUUCUAUCGAUCGAUAUGCGGGUUAAUUGAUUUUACUCGUUAGCAAUUUGUUCAGAAAUUCCAACUAAAAAAUCAUCAUCAAAUCCAAAGAACUCGAGUGAACAGCUAAAAAAAAGUUAUUUACACCGUUUUUGCAUGUGUUGUCACGUAGUUUUAGGAAUUUAGCGUUCCCGCAGGGCCAAACAAUUACGGCGAUAAUCUUACGCGGGAAGCUUUAUAUGUAUACUGUAAUAUGAAUUAGAGGGAAAAAACAACUUAAAUCUUCAUAAUGAUUUCAAACUAGUUUUCAAUGAAGUGUUAAGUUUAAGUGUGCCUUUUCUUGAUAUACCUUCUUAUAUACUUAUUAGUGAUACCGAUAGCGGACAGACAGCAUUUUACAAUAAUUACUAUUCAAUCCUGCAUUCAAGAAUUCGUUUUGAGUAAAAAAAAACUUUUCAGGGCCAAGUAGAACAAUAGUAUUCCAUGUAACAGUUAGACAGACAGAGAGAGAGAAGAGAUACGGUACACCCAAACCACUGUUUAUGUGUUUUUAUCACAGAGUAGUUUAUUGAGAGGUGAUUUAUAAGAUAAAGUUGGAUAACAUUACUUACUCGA